AUGUCGAGCCUAGACACGAGCAACGUUGAAUUUAGAAGUAGAAUAACAAAACAUUGGGUGAGACCCAGAUCAGCUUAUUACAGUUAUUUAUACGAUUAUCAAAGGAAUUAUUACGAUGACGUCAUUGAUUAUUUAGACAGGAGGAAAAAAGGAAUAUAUCGUGACAUUCCGAGACCGCAAACAUGGGCUGAAAGAGCAUUGAGAACAUAUACACAAAAAUAUGGCGUUACGGAAAAUGCAAUGAGAUCGAGAGACGAUUAUGAUCUUCUUCACAGAGUUCAUUUUGGAAGAUUGAUGCACGAUUAUCAUACGAAAGAUUAUUUUGCUAAAAGAUUUACAUUAUCACCCCUUUGA